CUUAAACUCUCCAUUGUCAGUCUUUGAAACAGGAUUUCGAUAUCGAGAUAUCAAUAUGCUACAAAAUAAAACGCGACUUUAGAAGAGAAUCAGAGAUAAGAGAUUUUAAUGAUGUCAUCUCCAUCGUGUGUUUUGGUUACUGGUGCAGCAGGGUAUGUUGGUACUCACGUGAUCCAUGAGCUCAUCUGUGCAGGGUUCAAACCUGUCGCCCUUGACAACAGACAGGAAGCUUUAGAAGAAGCAAUGAAGCGGGUCGGGUCCAUGUCUGGAGUGGAAGUGCAAUAUUUCUAUGCUGACCUUCUUAAUGUGGGGCAGAUAUCAUCUAUUUUUCAACAGGUUCCAAUCUCUCAUGUAAUUCACUUGGCAGGCUUGAAGGCAGUAAGGCAGUCACAUGGCAGCCCUCUGAGCUUCUACAAUGUCAACGUGAUGGGAACCUGCAACUUGCUUGAGGUGAUGCUAGCAAAGGGAGUUAAUGAGAUAAUAUUCUCCAGUUCCUCGAAGGUUUACGGCGAGCCCAUUUACCUCCCACUUGAUGAGCGCCAUCCCUCGGGAAACUGCACAAACCCGUAUGGGCGUACCAAACACAUGGUGGAGCAGAUGAUAAGUGACAUAACUGUGGCAAAUAAGCACUUCAAGGCGACCAUACUGCGCUACUUCAACCCAUGUGGUGCCCACCCUUCUGGCCACCUGGGAGAGGACCGGCUGGAACCACCUCAAAACCUCAUGCCUCUCAUCUGUCAGGUCGCCCUUGGCAACAAGGAGACGCUAUCUAUAUUUGGGAAUGACUUUGAUACUCCAGACGGCACAGCCAGCAAGGCCUACACACAUAUUGUGGACAUUGCCAAGGGAACUGUGGCAGCUAUACAGUGUCCACAUGGGCAUGCUCAAUAUAGAGUAUAUAACCUUGGCUCAUCCCAUGUGUGUUCAAUAUUGGAAAUGGUCAAAAUCUUUGAAAAACUAUCAGGGAAAAAGAUUCCUGUUGAAUUUUGUGAGCGCAAACCAGGCGAGAUAGCCAUGUGUUCAGCUGACAGCUCUCUGGCCAAGCAGGAACUCGGCUGGGAACCGAUGUACGACCUUCAACACAUGUGUGAACAAAUGUGGCGAUGGAUGACAUGCAAAACCACAGAUAAAACUGAGAACAAUGGUGCCAAUAUUACAAGCUAGUGAUACCUCAUUAAUGUGACAGAAUGUUCUGCUGCCUUAUUUAUGAAACACUGUGAUAUUGUGUGUUUUAAAACUAAAUAAAGUGUAAACAUAUCAGAUUAAAUAACAUUUUUGCCUUUUUAUGCCCCCGGAUCGAAAGAUCGGGGGUAUAUUGUUUUUGGCCUGUCUGUCAUUGCAUGUGUGUGUGUGUGUGUGUGUGUGUCCCAAAACUUUAACCAAAACUUUAACCUUCUUCAUAACUUUUGCAAUAUUGAACAUAGCAACUUGAUAUUUGGCAUGCAUGUGUAUCUCAUGGAGCUGCACAUUUUGAGUGGUGAAAGGUCAAGGUCAUCCUUCAAGGUCAAAGGUCAAAACAAAAA